CGCAGCUUUCCUUCUCUCUGCAGAUGCGACGACCACAACACGAUGAUUGAGCUGGACGACAAAGAGAACCAGUCGCCUCUGCGUCUGGCCUUUGGAAAGUCUCCCUCGCCAAACAAGUCCCGCACCAAGAACAUUGGCUCCACUGGUCUCGACUCCGUCACUGCGUCGGCGGUCAAGUCCAUCCUGCCCUCCAAAGAAGAUGAAGCCAAACGCCGCGAAGCUCGUCGCAAGUCUCUUGCAAACCGCAGAGUCUCCUUUGCACCCGAAGCCACCCUACACACCUGGGACGUCAUUGAAUACAUGCGCGAUGCGACGGCCUCGUCUAACUCAUCCGACCACGCAAGAGCACAUCACCAGCCCGACUCGGACCCGCCGUCCACCCCUCCGGAGCAAGCAGACGAAGACGAAUCAGAACUCCCAGACUCGCCCGAACACCAACGCGAUGCUCACAAGCAGAAGCGCCGUCGAAGCUCUGCCAUCCCUCCCAUGAACUUUAAUGAUCUGGACGACUAUUCUUCCUCCCCAGUCAGCGGCAGUAGCAAUGUCGACGCUAGUAGCGAUGUUGAGGAACAUGUCGACUCUGAAGAUGAUGGAGAUACCGCCAUGAGCCUCGACCAGGGGGACGACUCUCUGCUCUCGCAACAAUCUGGAGACAGCACCGGCUCAAGCGCGAGACUGGACGCUGCCCUGCGACAAGCCUCGGACCAAGCCGGUACUCGAGGCAUUGACUUUGACGAGUACGGCGACAUGACUAUGGAAAUGGCUGGCGACGAAGUCACAAACGCUUUCAAGCCAUGGGCUCAAGGCCAGCACUUUGCCGCAGACGAUCAAGAGAACAACAAUCCUUUCGAUUCCGUUUUCCGCCCUGGACCGCAGCCUGGAGAUGAGGAGGACGAGCAAGACGACGAUAUGAGCAUGGAUAUGACACGUGCGAUAGGCCGUAUCUUGCCUCAACAGCCUCAACAGCGACCUCAGGAAGACCAAGAAGAGACUGAAGACGAGGGCGACAUGACAAUGGAUAUGACCAAACCCAUGGGCGCCAUCUGGACAGCCAACCAGCCUCAGGUACAAGCGCAAGAGUUGGACGAGGAUGAGACACGCGACAUGACCAUGGACAUGACACGCCCAGUCGGACGCAUCAUCCAGACACACCAGAAUUUCUAUCAGCAGUCACCUGAAAGAACUGUCUCCUUCGGAGACGAGACCAUGGACUUGACUCAAGCCGUUGGCAAGAUUCACCAGUGGAACCCUCAAGCCCAGCCUCCUCGCAGUGCUCUGAAGAGACGAUUCGAGGGCUUUACCACAGAAGAAGUUGCUUCUCCGUCAAUCAAGAAGCCAGCCUUUGAGGAGCCGAAGCCUUCUUUCGAGGAGCCGACGAGGCGCACUGUGGCUCAGGCACGCGAUGCGAAGCGUAGACGAUCUUCCUCUUCUCGCCAGUCGCUAGGUGAUGCUACAAUGGACUUGACUGUGGCGGUUGGUACAAUCCAGCAGAGACAGCAAUCUCCUGUCAAGAAAGAUAGACGAUCAAGCUCGCGCAGCCGCCGCUCCUCUGGCGCCUCAUCCAUCAUGGAUGAACAGACUAUGGACUUCACAAUGGCAGUGGGUGGCAUCAAGCAACAGCAGCAACCAAAAUCGCCCAGAGAGCCAUCAAUCCUAGAGGAAGACGAUGCAGAGGUGAAUGAGGACAUGUCUAUGGAAUUUACCGCUGUUGUAGGAAACAUUUUGAAGCAGCAUGCGGCUGUUGCAAUCGAUCGUCCAACCACUCCCCAAAGGUCUCCCACACCUGUGCGAACAGAGAUACCAACAACUCCCAAGGACCAGGACCGCUUCAAGGAACCGCGCGACUUGACCGCCAAGAAGCUUCUGACACCUUUGUUUGAGAAAGAAGCCCCUGGCUCUGCUGUCAAGGACUCUGCUGGCUCAAUGAGAAGCUCAGCCCGCAAGUCUGCGUCUAAGGAGCUUACUGAGUCUCUGCCCUUCCUUAGUCCUGCAGUUUCUGCUGCUCCUCAUAAAAGUCCAGCAUCCGCUCGCAAGAGUCCUGCUUCUCAGAAGAUUGCCUCAUCCGCGCAGAAGACUCCUGUUACCACUCACAAAGCUCCACUAUCCAUACGGAAGACACCUUCUUCAACAACGAGAAGCCCUCACUUCACACACAAGACCACAGAGUCUGCUCAACACACACCACUGGCACAAACAAGUCCAAUCUCCAUCAGGCAAAACGGCUCAACGCAGGGGCCAGCUUCGGUGGUCAGAAGCUCGUCACAUGUGGCACAUACCCCUGCCUCUGUCACCAAAGGUUCUGUAUCGAAGGCUUCAUCACGCAAAAGUCCUGUCUCGACUCGCAGAAGCGCGAGAAUCAGUCUUGCGGUCCAGCCGCACCAAGAAGAACACAUCAAAGACGUGCCUUCCCCUUCUAGAACAGUGACUGCACAGCUUGCGGACGAGAUGCAGAUUGAGCAGCCUACGACGAACGAUGCUUCAAGUGAGCCUGUCCAGGAGACUCAAGACGAAGUGAUGGGUGAAGUUAGCUAUCCUGCCUUGCCCAUCACUGAGACAGAGCGCAAAUCGUCACCCACAGCUACACCACAGAUGCCAGAGGCAACUACUACACCACAAAUUACCAACGUGUCACCUCAGCCUUCCCCAGUACACCACCACACAGCUGUAUCAAUUGGUGGGUCCCCAUUACGCAGCCCGGCCGUUGCUACACCCAAGCAAAUUGACCUCGAGGAGCUCAAUCCAACCUCGCCCUCCCUCGAGAAACAAUUGCGUAGCUCGCCUGUCAAAUUUGCUGCAACGCCCGAGCAGAAGAGGCAGUACACCGAGGAGCCUCGAAGUACCUUUGCGGAUUCCAUCAAGUUUCUUUCAACACCAAGCAAAGAAACAGGCACUAGUCCGUUGAAACGCUUGCGCGCUCUGACUCCCAAGAAGUCUCCGGCGAAGAAGGCCAUGAUCACAAGAAAGAUCGCGACACCCAAGUUUUCCACGCCUUUCAUUGUCCAGAACCAGAACGCACCUGGCUUGCUCGAUCUUGAAGCUGCCAAGAACAUCUUUGCUGUACCUAAGACGGGGCCACCGGCAAGAAAAGUUGAGCUUAAUGCUUUCCUCGAUCUUGCAGGCAUCAAGUUCAUGGACUUGACUGCGUCAAAGCGCAGACAUACAGUUGCCCCAACACCAAGCGAGCCACAAGGAACUGACGGAGAAGAUCAAACCAUCGACCUUGAAAGUGCUGUUGUUGCAGGCGCCUGCACAAUGCCCAUGCUUGACCUGUUUCAGCAUGCUUGCCGCGAACUCAAGCGAUACAUCUCCGAGGGCAAGUCUUUCCUCAAGACAUUGGAAGCUGAGGUUUACGACGACCCGCCACCGUUCUUCCAGGCUUAUAUGGGUGCCACUCCUGACCGCAAGGCUCAGCUGGACGUCAACAUCAGGGACGCCAAGACGAAUGCGAGGAUGAGGAGUAAAGAGAUUUGGUACGAUUGGCGUAGUAAGCUGCUGGACGGUCUUGCAGAGGGUCUUAACAGAAUCAAGGAUGGUCUUGACGCAGAUGCCGGGUUUCUGGACCAGAAGCAACAAGCCCUUGACGCGGUGCUUCCUGACCUUCUUCAGCAAUAUGAAAGCUUGCUCAAAGAAGCAGAGCAACUCGAGCAAGUUGCGGCUGCAACUUCAGAAGAGGAGAAAGAAGAGUUGCGUGCUUCUCGUGCUCGCUUGCUAGAAGUAGACGAACAGAUCGAAGAACGCAAGCGUAUGUUGGCCAGUCUUCAACGUGACAUUGACGAACAAGACAACCUCGCCGAGGCUUACGAAGAAGGCAAGGCUGAAAGUCUUGCUGCCAUCCAGGAGGCUGAGAGGGUCAAGGAGUCUUGCCGUGGUUUCACGGUGGAUGAAGUGCAAUCUCUCAAGGAGUCAGUAGCACAGCUUGAGAAAAAGACUGGCUGGACUGUUACCGCUGCGGCAGACACCAAUCUUACCAUGACCUACGCAAACACUCUCCAGCUCUUCUUCAACACCACGUCUUUCAAAGCCACCUCUGCCUCCCAGGCCACAAAUCCACUGAAUUCGCCAAUCUCACUCACACACCUCACUCCUGCGACGUUGACGACAGAGAAGCGCUUCUUCCUCCAACUCAUGCGCGCACAAUUGCAAUGUCUCGACCAGAACACUAUCUCCUUAAAACAGCUUCUCGGCUUCGUGCAGAGAGGUUGGGAUACAGCUUCAUUGGUUGCCGAGCAAGUGCGUCGCUUGACACUGGAGCAAAUCGUUAAUGUUAGCAUUCUCAGCGACGAGCGUCUUUCCAUCGAUGUCUGCAUUCUACUUCCCAAAGUUGAGACAAAGGUCAAGUUGGGCAUACAAUUGACGGCCACACUAUCAGACCCCGAGGCAGAAGAUUUGGACAUCAAGAAUGAGAUUGAUGUCGAUGCCAAAGUCGUGUAUGGCGAGCCUUACAACGAGAAGAACAUGUCUGAGUUUGUAGGCAAGAGAGUCCGAGGUCAAGGCUCCGAGGGCUGGGAUGAGACCAUCGGAGAGCUGAGAACGCGACUCGUCGCGACCGGACGUAAGGCACGUUGAUGCCUUGCCGUGUUAUCCAUUGUUCAUGUAUCUUUUGGUAGCGAUGUGGGAGGGGCUUAGCACAAGGAGUUUGGAUCAAGUGGGCUGUGUUGUGUCAAUAGGGAGUUCUUUUUGGGCCAUCGACUGGAUAGGAGUGGACUCUAAUGAGAAACAUGACGAUAUUAAACUGCUCAGCCUUUGUUCCCUGC